GGGCGACGCGGGUGGCGGGCGCGGCAGCGGCGGCGGGAGGACGGAAGCCCUGGCCGCGGCCCCUCCCCCGGCUCUCCAGCCCAGCGACUGCCCCCGCGGGCCCGGCCCUGAGCCCGGGGCGGGGCGGGGCGGGGAGGGGAGGUAGGGCGGGACACUAGCCGGGCGGGCCCGGCAGAGGCAGCAAGGCGGAGCCCAAAGAGGCGGUGCGGAAGAAGGCGGAGCCGGAGGAGGAGGCGGUGGCGUUGGGGGCGGAGCGUAGGAAGGGAGGCGGAGCUAAAGUCGCCUCCACCGCUGCCGCCGCCGCCGCCACCGCCACCUCUACGUAUCCCUGGCGCUUGCUCAGGCCGCCGGGGGCGGGGACUGAGGGACGCGGCUUUCCCGGCUCAGGAAGUCCCGCGGGCCGGAGCUGGGGCUACCACCCGGGCGCUGAGCCUAGGAGGAGGAGGCGGCGGGGCGGCGAGGCCACCAUGGAGACCCGCUACAACCUCAAGAGCCCAGCUGUCAAACGUUUAAUGAAAGAAGCAGCAGAAUUGAAAGAUCCUACAGAUCACUACCAUGCUCAGCCUUUAGAGGAUAACCUUUUUGAAUGGCACUUCACUGUUAGGGGUCCCCCAGAUUCUGAUUUUGAUGGAGGAGUUUAUCAUGGACGAAUAGUGCUACCACCAGAAUAUCCUAUGAAACCACCCAGCAUUAUUCUGUUAACGGCUAAUGGAAGGUUUGAAGUAGGCAAGAAAAUUUGUUUGAGCAUCUCAGGGCAUCAUCCUGAAACUUGGCAGCCUUCAUGGAGUAUCAGAACAGCAUUGUUAGCCAUCAUUGGAUUUAUGCCAACAAAAGGAGAGGGUGCUAUAGGAUCUCUAGACUACUCACCUGAGGAAAGAAGAGCACUUGCCAAAAAGUCACAAGAUUUCUGUUGUGAGGGAUGUGGAUCAGCAAUGAAGAUUGCCCUGUUGCCUUUAUCAUCAGGAAGUGAUUCAAGCCAGGCUGACGAAGAAGCCAAGGAACUUGCUAGACAAAUCAGUUUCAAGGAACAAAAGAGCUUGGCAGAUACAUAUAAGUUAAACAAGAUUGUUUCUUUAAGGUGCCAGGCUGAAGUCAAUUCAUCUGUAAAACCUUCUUUGACAGAUUUAAACCACUCUUUCUCCUUAAGUGAACCACAACAGGAAGAUAGUCCUGAAACAAUACUCCAGGAUACAACAGCUAGUACAUCGUAUGAUUCACAGAACAUUACUGCAACAGCCCUCCAAGAGCCUCCCCAAACUGUUUCCAAGAAUACCUCCAUGAGCCCUCGACAGCGCCGGGCCCAGCAGCAAAGUCAAAGAAGAACAUCGAUUUCACCUGAUGUUCAAGUCCAGCAGCCAAGAGCCAACCCCAACACGGAUCACACUGGAUCAGCUGUACUGAUCAUCAUCCUGACUCUAGCAUUGGCAGCUCUCAUAUUCCGACGGAUCUAUCUGGCCAAUGAGUACAUAUUUGACUUUGAGUUAUAACAUUGCUUUUGUCUUAAGAGCUAUGACUCAAAUGCUUCAUUAAACAUUCUGCAGUGGGUAUGAUAUAAGAACUGUUUACAAACAAAUUUUUGUAUUUGUCCCUCACCUCCUUUUUUGGUCCUUAUAAAUGUCAGUAUAUAUUUAGGCAGAUUUUGAGGCUAAUUAUGUCGAUAGAGAGUACAUUAACAGUUAUCUCAAGGAACUGGAAGUCAAAAGUCCCAUAUCCCACCACUGGCCUGCAUUAUGACUCUUGGAAAAUCCCUUAUAGCUCUCUAUGCCUCAAUUUCCUUAUGUAUAAUUUGUGAUAAUUUUUUGUAAAAGUCCUUUGGAUAAAAAGUGGUGUUCAAAUUUCAAGUGUUAAGUACUAGAUAUCUGCUUGAGCAGAAUAAUUUGAGCGCAGAGGAGAGCUGAAGAGAGAGAAUCAAAACCUCUUCCUUUUAGGGUUCAGAUUCUAGUGUCCUAUUUAAAUAUCAUUCAUAGGAGGUGAAGUAGAAUUUGGGCAUUUUAUGAAAUUUAUGUGCAUGUGAAAAACCAUGUUUUAGUAAAGGUGAAAAAUUACUUCCAACUAAAGCACUUGAGGAGAAAAAGUUACCACAUUUGUGAAUAGAAUUGGCUAAGAAAAGGGAAUGAUGCUUUGUAAACGUUUUCUUUUAUUUCUCCAAAUAGUUUCAAAUCCCCACAGAUCUUGGUUUUAGCGAAAGAGAGGGUCCAGGCCAGAAAAUAAUUUCUUUUUCCUUUGAAGUUACAUAAGUUGAUCUUAAGAUUUUUAUGUUGUCUCUGAUUAUAUCAGUUGUAUAUCUUGCUUUUUAAAUUGAAGGUUAUAUAUAACAUGUUCUUAUAAUACUUAAAAAUAAGGAAUAUAAUCAUUUACCCAGUGCUAUCUUUUAAUUUUUCCAAAAUAUGCAUAAUGUAUUGAAGAAAUGUUUUGCCCAUAUUUUAUGAAAAAGCAAGUGAUAGAAAAAAGUGAGAAAAAUGUGUAUUUAAAAUGAAGUCAGUGUGAUCCAAGCCCAAGACUUAAUUGUAAGAUAAAUUACAUUCUCUUACAGGAAUAUGUCAUACAAGUUACCCAGGGUUAUUACAAUGCCUUGUGGAAAAACAGAGCCAUGGAAAUACUAUCUUUAUUCUUUAAUACAUUUAACUCAAUGGCAGCAUUGCAGGCAAUCACUGGGGCAGUAUUAUUGAAGAGCUUUGAUUGUAUUUCUUCUUCUUCUUUUUAAAAAAUUUCUUUUUGAGACUGGGUCUCCCUAUCUCACUUGGCUAGAAGUGCAGUGGCUACUCAGGGCCCGAUCCCACUGCCAAUUGAUUGGUUUGGAAGCUUUAACCUGCUUCGUUUUUCCAUCUCUGCUCACUGGGGGCUCACCAUAUUGGUGCCAGACUUAGUGCAAACACCUGUUCAUCUUUAAUCUUAACUGUGGCUCAGAAUUUCCAGUUUCAAGCCAACCAGCAGCCUCAAUCUCCCAAGCAGCAGAGACUACAGGUGUGCAUCGUGUUGCCUGACUGAUUGUAUUUUUACUCCAGGCAGCUCCCAACUGAAGAAAGGGCUGUGUUCUAAAAGUUCAUUUGGAAGUCAUUUGUUUAGAAUACCUUUUCUCACCAGGAAAAAAUAAUAUGGUGUUUAGAUUCUGAAACUAGCCCACAAAGGACUUUAAAUCAGAAUGUAACUGAUAUAAGGUCUUAAUCAAGUUCAUUAUGCAGUUUUAAACCUUUUAAAUUUAUAACUUUUACACUUUACUGACUUAGGUUGUAAUUGUGAAACAAUCUGUAAGUAGCAUUGAACGGCAAGUUUAAUUUUCUCCUUACAGUUUGAGAUCAUCUUUUCAUCCACUAUAGCUACUAGCUUUCAUUUGUUGUAAGAUUUAAAAUGAGAACACAUUGUGUAAAUCUAUGUAAAGUGGUUUUCUUGAGCCUUAAUAAAUUUGCUUUGCAAUGACAUUUACAGAUUGUGUCUAUCAUGUCUGCAACCUAAAUUACUAAGCUUUAGAGAGCACACGGUCUUUAUAAAGAUCCCCAUGCCACAUUGGUCUAAAUAUAGGCUGCACCUUUCCCCUCAAAUUUGGCCUGUAUAUAACCGAUGUGACCUAUAAUUAGCAUUGUUUUUCAUUGUGUGUAUGCCUGCAUGUAUUUUUUCUCUCCCCACCUUAUUUUAAGGUUAUGACCUAUAUUCAGACCAAUAUUUCAGCUAUGUUAUUGGAUUGUAAAGGGACCAUGUCUUCUUAAUUCUUUGUAUCCCAAGUCCUUAGUAUAGUGUCUUGCACAUAGUAGGCACUUAAUAAAUUUUUCUUAAAUUGCAUUAAGGGUUAAGUAGCCUUUUGAUGCAGAGCCUUUUGACAUUGUUUCUUUGGGGAAAUGUUUUCUGAAUUUCAAGUCAUGAUGCUAAAAACACUUCCCCAAGUAGGGCCUUUAACUUAACUACAAUGUCCCUUGUUAUCUAGUGAGAUGGGAAUUCAUUUGUCUUCCCCCACCUCAUUCAAUUGCCCCUCUCCCUGCCACAGUAGCCACAGUGGCCACUGGCUCAUAAUAAAUCAUUGCCCACCUUCCUUCUGCCCUUAACCCAGUCUGAUCCAUGGGAAUCCCUAACUGCCACGAGAGAAGGAAGCUUUUCUAACAGUUCAACAUGAGACAGCCAUCCAUAUGUUGGAGAAUUUUUUGAUGUUCAGAUGUUCUUUGAUAUCAGACUAUGUUCAUGAAAGAGAUUUUUUCCCUCUCUUAUUAUUAAGUAUUGGUAAUCUGACCCAGUUGUCAGCCUUGUCACCCCUGCCUUUUUCCCUCUUUGAUUUCCAACAGACACCUGUGAGAAUUAACACUACUCCUUCCCCAGCCUCCUUUCAUCUCUCCCAAGUCCUUAAGGAGGAUCCUUAUAUUGUCUUCCUGGCCUCUUAUUGGGGAACGUAAGGGGCCGGGGAGGGUUUUCUUAAAUCUUACCCCUGUCUAUGUUCAGGAGAACCAUACUUCUACUCCCUCCUUGCAGAAUAGGGGCUGCAUAUGGUAGAUGACCUGGUGGAUCAGAUGCUGUGGUUCUUUCCCUUGUCCUUGGGUUUGUGCCAUCCAUAGCUGUUUGUAGUCACAGAGUCCAAGUUUGUCUCACCAGUGAAUGUCAGCAUAUUUUUAAAAGAAACAUGUUCAAUGUUUGUUUCAUUUAGAAUUUUCUGGAAGUUACUUUUUCUCAUUUUGGGGAGGCUUUAAUUUAGCACUUUGUUUUCAAUGCUGCUUGUUUUUGUUUUAUUAUAUUAAAAAUAAAUACUCUUUCAUCAACA